CGGGCCUUAAUUACGUCACGUCACGUCUGCUUUUUUUCUGCAAAGCCUCCUGUCUAAACGGUAGUGUGUCUCUUAGAUCUCAAAGAGGUGUUCGUUACCACGUUUUUUUUGGAAACUGGUCACAUUUACUGGGCACUCGUGUGCUCCUUCAACAGCAGCUGAGGGACAGCGCGUUUUUUUCUUUCACGUUUGUCAAGGCGCAGCAGCCAGUCUCUCGCACCCUGGACACGUUGACCAGACAGAGCACUCCACAAGGCGCUCAUCACUAAGGAUUACAGGAUAUAUCUAACCAACGUUUCUUUUUAGCGUUGAAGAUGUUCCAGGUUUGUAGAUUAAUGUGGCAGGGACAUUGUUUUUACCAGAUGAAAGAAGGAAGAUAUGUUAUAUAAGGCGAAUAAUAGAAAGGAGCGGAUAGUCUGUUUGACGUUUGCCUCUUCCAAAGGCUGCAUGUAAUGCAACUGAAUGCAUAACUAUCAAUGUUACCGUUAACAUUAUAGAGUGGUGUUAAAAUGGUAUUGAUGAUAUUGGUCGAUAGCUAACUCUUUUACUUAUGUGUGUUCACUACAUUGAUACCAUCCAUCAAUUAGGCGAAUUUAGUGGUCUACAAAGACAGCUAGUGAGGAAGCUGACAUCUACUCCUGUAAGGUUAACGGCUUUAGACCGCUCGCUUAAUACCAGCUAACGUUAGCUAGCUAAUAACGGUGACGUUAUCAGUUAACGUGAUUUAUUGUAAAUCUUCAUUUGAAGACCCAAUUCUUCGUUUAAUAUGCAUUUAAUUGAGAUGGCACCUUUAUCAAGUAUCCUUCACUCUGCUAUGGUGGUAGAGGGGUCGUGGUACUCCUAGCUGGCCAGUUAGCCAGCUCUUAAAGCUAGCUGACCGCGCCACAUUCAGAAUUUUAUAUCACCAUUAUCUGCCUAGCUAGCCACCACUAUCAAGUGAUCAUACAUCUGUAGUCCAAUAAUAUGCCAGCUAAAGGUUUGGAGGACAACGACACAAAUAUACUAACAUUAGCGGAGAUAUAUCAUCCGACGUUUUUCGACAUGGACAUAUGUCAUAUUCAUGUCUGUAUAUAGCAACAAAGUAUUAGGCUACUUGAGUGGUUAAGCAGCUUAAACUUUUUUUUUUCACGUUAUAAGGUUAGCCAAGUUAGUAGCAGGGAUUUGCGCAAAGAGCACAGUGAAUACAGUGAGGAGGGUUUUUCUCCGUCACCUGAUUUUUUUUUUUUACCCUGCAAGUAUUGUAGUAGUUACUUAGCACAAUGGGCGAACAUAACGGAGAUGAUAGUAUGAACCUCGGCGUGGCUGAGGAGCCCAUGCCAGGUUAUGUGGACCUCUUCACUAGAGCAUGUUCCGUCAUGGCCAGUGCCUUGAAGGACUGUAGCGACUGCGGCUUGGAGCUCUCCAGAAGAACCCUGCUGGACAAUGCCUAUAUUACCUGGACCGAGAUGGGGCUGUUCUUUAUCUGCGCUGUUAUGUGGACGCAGAUGCGACGGGGGCUGACCGGAUGCCUAUUCAAGCCGUUUGCACAGUGGUGUUGUCUCCAGCCCAAAGACACUGCCAAGAUGCCGGAGAGCGCGUGGAAGCUGGUCUUCUACACCAUGUCGUGGUCCUACAGCACCUACCUACUUUUCCUUACCCAGUACACCUUCUUUUACAACCCGCCAUCCGUUUUCUAUGACUGGAAGAGUGGCAUGUCAGUGCCCACGGACAUCGCCAUCGCCUAUCUGAUCCAGGGCAGCUUCUACGGUCACUCCAUAUACGCCACCGUCUACAUGGACGCCUGGAGGAAGGACUCGGCCGUCAUGGUGGUCCAUCAUGUGAUCACGCUGGCCCUCAUCACAUUCUCCUAUGCCUUCAGAUACCACAACAUUGGGGUGUUAGUGCUGUUCCUACAUGACAUCAAUGACAUUCAGCUGGAGUUCACCAAACUGAAUGUCUAUUUCAAGACCCGGGGGGGAAGCUACUACUUGAUCAACGACAUUCUCUCCAACAUGGGCUCUGUAAGCUUCAGCAUCACCUGGUUCUGGUUCCGUCUGUACUGGUUCCCACUGAAGGUUCUCUACGCCUCCUGUGUGGCCAGUCUCCAGUUGGUGCCUAACAUCCCCUUCUACUUCUUCUUCAAUGCCCUGCUGCUCGCGCUGCUCCUUAUGAACAUCUACUGGUUCCUGUUCAUCGUACUGUUUGUGGUGAAAGUGUUGACGGGCCAGAUGAAGGAGGUGAAUGAUGUGCGGGAGUACGAGGAAGAAGAGGCCUCUCUGAAGGCAAAGCUCAAGAUGCAGAACCCUGAUGCUGGCCAUCAGGACAAAGAGGAAGGGAAACACGUGCAGAACGGGAUCACCAAGGAGAAGCAUCUAUAAGAGCCUCUCCAGCACCAUCUCCUGGCACAUACCUAGAAUUACAGUUAAACUAGAUGAGCUAUUCUACGUACAUUGACUUGUGCUCCAAGUGGUUAGAUGGUUUUGCAGGGGGAAAAAACACAUGUAGACAGUGAUAUGUUUUCAGUUACACUAUUCUGUUUUUUUAUUUUUUUUAUUAUAGCACUGUGAAUGUUAUUUCAGGUGACUUAUGUCUUAUACUUUUACUUUUUUGGAGAAAAAAAGGUGUAAGUUCUGUGAAGUUCCUCUUGUGUGGUGGGUAUAUAUAGAAAUAGUGUCAUCUCUUUCACCAUGCUUUGACAGCGGAAGAGAACUCUGUUUCUUAGCCUCAACGCGUGAAACAUCUCUCAACAGUAUGAGGACUUCUACUGAGCAUUCACAGUAACACUGGUGAAUUGUGCUUUGUCGAGACCCGAACAUAUUUCAAAUUUAAGAGCCGGUGGCUUUGUUUUUCCAAUUUGAUGUUUGAUUAAUUUAUUUUAAUUCCUGGAGUGACGGCUGUAUAAAGGGAAACAUUAGUGCGUUUGUAUCCUGUCUCUGUGUGAGAAAGAAGGGGACAAUGAGAGAGUGCAUGUUGAGUCUCUGGUUUUAAUUUUCCAAAGACAUGCACUGAUGAUCCAUAUCAUUGCACAGGUUACUCCAGACCAAAUGGACUUUACCCAGCCUGACCUGUUUUUCUUGCGCGAGCCACACGUCUUUGUAAUAUUGGUGUAGCCUAGAAAUCUAGACGCACCCUAGCGGCAGCAAAUUACAUUUGCUGCCAAGGCUAGUCUAGCAACUCUCUGUUGGCUUGUGUGCUGGAAAAAUUAAA